CCCACCUUCGCACACUGCAGCGAUGGACGAGAAGACUUCAUUACAGGAUCUCCCUUGGGAGGAAGCAGCUCCAGCGAGCUCCACGGCUUCUUCCACCCCAUCUAGAUCCUCCAUCCGAAGCUGGAUUCUGCUUUUCAGCGCCCUGGUGGCUAGCGGGUGGUUCCUCUGGCCCCACUAUUGUCAACAUACUCGUGUGCACACCAUCGAGGAUCGAGUGCAACACAUUCUGUCCAGCACUCCUUUGAUCGACGGCCAUGAUGACUUCCCCAUUCAAAUCCGAGCAUUGUUCCAUAAUCACAUUAACACGCCCAACUUCACCGAGACAUUUGUCCAUGGUACUCUUCCAGGCCAUGUGGAUCUGCCUCGUCUGAGGAAAGGGCACGUCGGAGGCACCUUUUGGAGUGUCUAUGUUCCCUGCCCUGCAAAUUGGACGGACUUUUCCGAUGAGAACUACGCGCCCAGCGUCCGCAUGACCGUGGAACAGGUUGAUCUCAUGUCCCGCAUCCAGAAGGCAUUCCCAGAGGUCUUCUCAACGCCCCCUAAUGGCACAACAGCCAUGGAUGCAUUUCGCCAAGGCAAGAUCAUCUCUCCCUACGGCAUCGAAGGAUUGCAGUCGAUUGGCAACUCAAUGGCGCACUUGCGAAUGUUCUAUGACUUGGGGGUAUCCUAUGCCACGCUAACCCAUAACUGUCAUAACAAGUAUGCCGACGCAGCCAUCGUCGAGCAGCCGAAUGGUAGUCUGAAAAUCGCCACUCCUCUCUGGCAUGGCGUCAGUCCUGCGGGCCAGCAGGUGGUGGCCGAAAUGAACCGACUGGGCAUGAUCAUCGAUCUGGCCCACGUCAGUGUCGACACAAUGCGCGAUGUACUGGGCGCAGGCAAGACCGAAUGGACGGGCAGUCGUGCCCCUGUCAUCUUCAGUCACAGUUCAGCCUACGCUCUGUGUCCACACCCGCGGAACGUACCAGAUGAUAUCUUGGAGUUGGUCCGCCAACGCAAUUCGAUCGUCAUGGUCAAUUUCUCGCCCGAUUUCAUCUCCUGCCAGGCCUCUGGUCGUGAUGACGGGAUUCCGAAUGUGGACUAUGCCCAUGCCACCAUUGGGCGGGUUGUCGAUCAUAUCAUCCACAUUGGUACCGUUGCGGGCUUUGACCACGUUGGCUUGGGUAGUGAUUUUGACGGUAUUCCGACCGUGCCCAAGGGACUGGAGGAUGUCUCCAAGUUCCCGGAUUUGAUUGCGGAGCUUCUUCGUCGCGGACUUACCGAUGAACAGGCCGCCAAGGUGGCUGGGGGUAACCUGCUGCGUGUCUGGAGAGAGAUUGAUCAGGUGGCUCUGAAGAUGCAGGCUGAGGGGGUUCUUCCUGCGGAGGAUUAGGAGAAGAAUUGGCAAAUUGAGAAACAACCCAACUGAGGGCUUUCGGUCUAUCUGUAUACACCUGGUUAUUUACAGGAUUUUUAUUAUUA